AUGCCUACUAGGAUGACAGUGACUUUCUCUUAUCUUUAUUCUCCUUCCUUUAAUUUUUUUUCACCCCUCCUUCUUUUUUUUCAUUUCAUUCUUCUGUCUCUUUUCUGUUCUUUUUCUUUCUUUAUUUUGUUCUUUUUUUUUUUUAUUUUGUUUAUUUAUUUUCUUCAUUUUGCUUCCUUUCAUUCCUUCAGUUCCGUCUUUCACUUAUGCGUUUUCCUUCUUCACGUCAUUUGUUUUGCUUUUUUUUUUCUUCCUUUCUUCGGGGUGAAUUUACAUCUGUCACUCCCUCUUUUCUUCCUUCCUUUUUUCCUUCCUUCCUUCCUUUCGAUUUUUUAUUUCCUUGUCUUAAUUUCAUUCUCUAUUCACUUAUUUUCCUUUUUACCUUCUUUCCUUUUUUUUUCACUUUCCUUUCUUUCAUUCUUCCCUUUGGUCUGUCAUUUAUUCAUUACCUUCAUUCGCAUUUUUCUUUACUUCAUAUAUUCCUUCUCCUUUUUUGCUUCAUUUCUUUUUCAAUUUUCUUUCUUUUCUUACUACCGUCAUUUCUUUCCUUCGCUUACAGUCUUUUCUUCCAUCCCUUUCUUCUUUUGUUUUUCUCAUUUAUUCUUUUCCUCCUUCACUUUUGCUUUUCUUCAUUUAACUUUUUUCCUCUUUUUCAAUUCUUUCGCGUGUUUUCAUUUCUUUUAUUUCCUUUUUAGCGUCUACCCCUUAUUGUUCUUUCACUUCUUUCUCUUCUUUCAUAUUUUUAUUUCCUCUUUCCUUUUUAUUUUCUUCAUUUCAGUACUUCUCCCAUUUUUCUUUCCUUCAUUUUUUUCUUUAUUUCUUCAUUUAUUUCUUUUCUUCCUUAAUUUGGUCUUUCAUUUAUUGAUUUGUUUCAUUCUAUCAUUCCUUCAUUUCCUUAUUACUUUUAACCAUUUCUUUCUUUCUUUCUUUCUUUCUUUCUUUCUUUAUUCCUUCAUAUUUCUUUUCUUUCUUUCUUUCUUUCUUUCUUUCUUUCUUUCUUACUUUCUUUAUUCCUUCAUAUUUCUUUUCUUUCUUUUUUUAUUCCUUCAUAUUUCUUUUCUUUCUUUCUUUCUUUCUUUCUUUAUUCCUUCAUAUUUCUUUUCUUUCUUUUUUUAUUCCUUCAUAUUUCUUUUCUUUCUUUCUUUCUUUUAUUCCUUCAUAUUUCUUUUCUUUUUUUCUUUUUCCUUCAUAUUUCUUUUUCCUUUUUAUUUUCUUUCUUUCUUUCUUUCUUUCUUUCUUUAUUCCUUCAUAUUUCUUUUCUUUCUUUCUUUCUUUCUUUCUUUCUUUCUUUCUUUCUUUAUUCCUUCAUAUUUCUUUUCUUUCUUUCUUUCUUUCUUUAUUCCUUCAUAUUUCUUUUCUUUCUUUCUUUCUUUCUUUAUUCCUUCAUAUUUCUUUUCUUUCUUUCUUUAUUCCUUCAUAUUUCUUUUCUUUCUUUCUUUAUUCCUUCAUAUUUUUUUCUUUCUUUCAGCCAUUCACUCGCUUCUACUUUUUCUUUCUUCUUUCGCUAAUUUGUUCCUUUAUUAUUUCCUUUCUUCACUAGUUUCUUCACAUUUUUCAUUUCCUUUUUUCAUCAUUCCAUCACUUAUUUCUUUUUUUUCUCCUUCCAUUUUUCUUUCUUUCGAUUCUUCUUUCAUUUCUUCCCUUCCUCAACUUUCGUUCCUUGACUUAUUUAAUUUCUUUCCUUCAUCUUUUUUAAAAACUUUUUCCUUAUUUCCUUCCCUACUUUCUCUUCUUCCCCAAACCCUUUCCCACCUCAACCGUCCCCAUUCCCUUCCUUUGUGUCUGUAUUUCUAUAUCAUUUUCUUUUUUUCUGUUCUUUCUUCUCUUUUAUCAUUAUCUUUUCUCUUUAUUUUAUCCGUUCUUACUUCAUCUUUUCUUAUUCCUUUCGUAUUUUCUUUUUCUUUUUUUUUUUUUUGCUUCAUUCUUUUUUUCUUUAUUUCUCGUCUUCAUUACUUUUCUUUUCUUUCAUUCACUUUUCUUCAUUUCCUCUUUUGUUUCAUUUAUUUUAUUUUAUCUUCUUUCAUUCUUUCUAGUUCUUAUUUUUAUCUUUCGUUUCUUCUUUAUUUUUAUUUUCGCAUUUAUUUCCUCCUUCUUUGCUUUCUUUUUUUUCUUUUGUGUUGCACUCAUUUAAUUUCUUUCUUUCUCCUUUCUUUUACGCCAUUUUUCUUUCAUUUUCUUUGGUAUAUAUUUUAUCUAUCGUUAUCUUUUUUCGCUCCUGUAUGUGUAUUUCUUUUAUUUGUUUAUUUUAUCUACUUUUCUUUCUUUCUUUCUUUCUUUUUUUGUUUUCUUUUAUUUGUCUUUCCUUUGCAUAUUUUAACUGCAAUUCUUUCUUCCGUUCUUUUUUCUUUGUUUGCUUUUUUCUUUCUUUCCUUUAUUUUAUAUUUAUUUUCUUUUAUUUAUCUCAUCUGA